AUGAAUCUUAAUGAAGAUAAAGGUAGCCAAUGGUCACAGAGAAAGCCAACAUUUUGGAAGACUUUCAGAUCUCUUCUCAGAAGAUCUUUGCUCAUGAAGAUCAGAGAUUGGAGUUCUGUUGUUGCCGAAAUCAUCUCGCUCUUGAUUAUCAUUUCCAUGGUAUUAUUCUCCAAAAUGGGAAAUUCUCCAAACGAAGAGAUCAAGAACCCAUCUGUUCAGACGAAAGAUCAAAUGUUUGGAUCUACACUUGUUCAAUACAUGAGAGUUUAUACUCUUGGCGAUGGCGGAAACUUUGUCGCAGCACCAAACAAAGAUGAGACGAAGACGAUGAUCAAAGAUUUCUGGAGUAACAAAACAAUUCCAGUUUACGACACUAAAGCUGGCAAAGUUUCAGAAAUGGUGAACUUAUCAGAAAGAUUCGAAUACCUCUCAACGCUCGAUGACUUCCCAGAUAACUUCCAGUCCACAGAAAAAUCAUCCAUCGGUAUUUUCCUUGCUAACUCAGGCGAAGAAGGCUACUACAGGAACAUAACAGCAAACGUUGCAAGCAACAACGAGCAAGCAAAUAUGUUCACCAGUAUGACAGACAUGGUUGCCGGCUUUUCUUACGCGAUGACAGGUGAAUCACUCGCAGAAGCUUUCACAGCAGUCAAUGCUAAGCUCCAGGCAUACAUAGACUCACCUCCAGCUGACCAGGCUGAGCUCAAGCAAAAUCUCACCAACGAGCUCCUCUCAGUUUCAGCUGAAGGAUAUAGCAGUCCAAAUAUCAACGGCUUAGUUAUGUCAAGACCAGAAACAACAACAUCUCUCCCACUCAACCUCGCUAUGGCUUUCCACUCAACAAUUCCAUGCGUCAUCGCAGCAAUGCCUGACUUGUCACUCAUCCUUGAAGAUAAGGAGUCUCACAUGAUGACAUUCAUCUUCCUUAUGGGUGCCAGUGAGACAGCAUAUUACUUAGUUGCUAUACUCACAACAUUCCUCACAUGCAUCAUUCCUUACAUCGUUAUCAGUAUCAUUUUCUCAGGUGUCGCAGUCAUGAAGGGAACAAACUUCUUCCUCAUAUUCAUCCUCUCAAUCCUCUUUGUCAUAUCUUACAUCCAGUUCCAGAACUUCUUGAGCACAUUCUUCAAGAAGAAAGGAAACGGUAGAGUCAUUACUGUUGUUUUCCUCAUUCUCAUCAUUUUCUUUGCAUACCUCAACAACUCAUUCACUAUGAAGGCAGCUGAUCCAGUCAAGCACGUAUUCUCUCUCAUUCCAUUCGUCACAUGGGAGCUUGCAGUCGAUGUCAUGUUCGAAGAAGUCAGAAACAGCAGACCACCACUCGGCUGGGGCGAUGUCGGCAGAAAUUACUUGACAUAUCCACUCUGGUAUGCUUUCAUGUGGUUCAUUCUCGAUACAUUUAUCUGGGGUGGCUUAUUCAUUUUGUUCAACUCCACAAUGAACAGUGGAUUCGGCGCACCUCCACUCAGAUGGUCAGACAUCUUCCACUGUCACUUCAAGGGCAAGGAAGAGAUCAAACUCGAGGAUAUCAAUGACAACAACUCUCUCAUCAAGGUAGACAGCCUCACUAAGAUAUACCCAACACAGAAGAACAAGAACAAACCAGCUAUCGACGAUGUAUCAUUCGACAUCAAGAAGGGCGAAAUCAUUGUCAUGAUUGGUCCAAACGGUGCCGGUAAGUCAUCCAUCAUCAAUGUUGUUUCAGGUGCACUUCCUGCAACAAAGGGUACUAUGUCUCUUGGUGGUCAAGAAGCAACAGACAGAUUCGGCGGUAUCCAGAACUGUCUCGGUAUUGUGUUCCAGGAGAACGUAAUUUACAGACUUCUCAGCAUCAGAGAGCAUCUUGAGAUCUUUGGACGUAUCAGAGGUAUUGAUGAAUUCACACUCCAAAACUCUAUCGAUUUCUUCGCAGACAACCUUCAACUUCGCGAAAUGCUUCCAAACAGAGCUGGUGACUUAUCUGGUGGUCAGAAGAGAAAACUCUGCAUUGCACUUUCACUCCUCGGUAACCCACCAAUUAUCAUGAUGGAUGAGCCAACAGCAGGUGUCGAUGUUCAGGCCAGACAGCUUAUUUGGAAGACAAUUUCUACCCUCAAGGAAAGCACAUGCAUCAUCACAACACAUGCACUUGAAGAGGCAGAAGCAGUUUCAUCAAGAAUGUUUGUCAUCUCAGGUGGUAAGAUACCAUUCAGUGGCACAUCAACAGAACUCAGAAGCAAGUUCAAAUGCGGAUAUCUCCUCAGACUAGACUGUGAACCAGAGAACAUGAGCAAAAUCUUGAAGGCAUGCGUUCAUCAAAGAAGCGACAAUAAUGGAAGAACGUGA